ACUUUCAGUUGCCUGAUGUGCCAAUACUGUUUACUCCAUCAGGUUCUCUUUCAGCAUAAUGCAAAUCUCUAUGCAGCAAAUGGUGCUGGUGUUGUUUUGGCAGAAAAAGGCCAAUUUGACAUUUCAAAGGAUCUUUUCACACAGGUUCAAGAAGCUGCCAGUGGAAAUGUUUUUGUCCAAAUGCCUGAUGUGUGGAUUAAUCUUGCACAUGUUCACUUUGCUCAAGGGAACUUCGCAUUGGCUGUGAAAAUGUAUGAAAAUUGUUUGCGGAAAUUUUAUCAUAAUACCGACAGUCAAGUGCUCCUCUAUUUAGCAAGAACACAUUAUGAAGCUGAACAGUGGCAAGAUUGUAAAAAGACUUUAUUAAGAGCCAUCCACUUAGCACCUUCAAAUUAUACAUUGAGAUUUGACAGUGGAGUAGCACUACAGAAAUUUUCAGCCUCAACGUUACAAAAGACUAAGCGGACUGUGGAUGAGGUGAGAGCAACGGUUGCAGAGCUGAAGAAUGCAGUUCGCUUAUUCAGUCUAUUGUCUGCAGCUUCAAAUCUUCAUGUUCAUGGAUUUGAUGAGAAAAAAAUUGAAACUCAUGUUGGAUAUUGCAAGCAUUUGCUUGAGGCUGCAAAAGUUCACUGUGAGGCAGCUGAGCGUGAAGAUCAACAGAAUAAGCAGAGACUGGAACUUGCUCGUCAGGUCAUAUUGGCUGAAGAAAAUCGUAGAAAAGCUGAGGAGCAGAGAAAAUAUCAAUUAGAGAGAAGGAAACAAGAGGAUGAACUCAAGCAAGUGAUGCAGCAAGAGCAGCAUUUAGAGCGCAUUAAGGAACAAUGGAAGAGUAGUACUCCUGCCUCUAAGCGAAAGGACAGGCCCCAGACUGAGGAUGACGAGGGCGGGCAUGGUGAGAAGAGGAGGAAGAAAGGUGGGAAGCGGAGAAAGAGGGACAAGAAAUCUCAUUACGAAUCUGAGGAAGCAGAAGCGGAGAUGGAUGAUCAGGAAGAAAUGGAUGAUGGUGACCGUCACAGAAAUUAUGAAGAACCUUAUUAUCCAACAAAUGAUCAUGAUGAGCAAGCAGAGGAUAAUCCACAGGAUCUACUUGCAGCAGCCGGGCUUGAAGAUUCGGAUGCCGAGGAUGACACUGCUGCACCAUCAGCAAAUGCAAGUCGGCGAAGGCAGGCAUUGUCAGAAUCAGACGAGGAUGAGCCAUUGCCGAGGCAGGGAAGUGAUGGAGAAGGCGGAGGCGAUGCUACUGUUGAUGAUGAUGAGUGAAGAUGAAAUACCAUUACAACUCCUAAUUUGCUGGAUGUCAAGAUUACCAACAUUCAUUCCCUUUAUGCCAAACACACUGGGAUUUCUAUUGGCUCUUUCUUGGCCUGCCUGCUUUGUUGUUUUUGCUUCCUGGGCUAGUCUAGCCUGAGUUCCUUGUAGGAAGAAAAGGUAGCUGUAGCUCAAGUCAUAGAAGAACAGAUGAUGUACUGUAAAUGCAUAAUGUUUAUAGAGAAAUGUUUCAGAUGAGUUAACUUUUUUGCCAAAUCCAAAUCGACCUUGAACUCCUAUAGAAUUGAUAUAAUGCUCUGUUAUUCUUUCA